GCAAUGUGGACCUGGACACUAUGGGUGGUCCCCUUAUUCUGCAAAUUCAUCCUGGCAGCCCCACCGGCUAAGCCUGAGAACAUUUCUUGUGUUUUUUACUAUGACAAAAAUAUGACUUGCACAUGGAGUCCAGAGAAGGAAUCCAAUGAAACCAGCUACACUGUUUACAUGACUUACUCUUUUGGAAAAAGCACUGGGAUUUGUAAUGCCAGCAAUAGUGCUUCGUGCUCUUUCCCCCGCCGAUAUGUCUUACCCCCAGAUAACUGUAGCAUUGAAGUGGAGGUCCAAAACAGAGAUGGGAAAAUUAAAUCCGAUAUCACAUAUUGGUUCUUAGAUGAUAUAGUGAAAACCGAGCCACCUAAAAUUGCAAGUGUCAAACCAGUUUGGGGCGUGAAAAGAAUGGUACAAAUACAAUGGAACCUGCAGGAAGACAUUCUUGCUAUGGCUUUCAGAUACACACUUCGGUUCAGGACAGUCAAUAGCACCCACUGGAUGGAAGUCAACUUCCAGAGUGCUGGCUUCGCCUACAACCUCACAGGGCUACGGGCUUUCACAGAGUAUGUCCUAGCCCUGCGAUGUAGGACCAUUGAGUCAAACUUCUGGAGCAACUGGAGUGAAGAGAAAACCGGAAUGACUGAGGAGGAAGUUCCAUGUGGCCUGGAUCUGUGGAGAAUCUUGAGUGCCGCAGAGGAGGACGGAAGGAGAACAGUGUGGUUGCUGUGGAAGAAGGCAAGAGAAGCCCCAGUCUUGGAGAAAACACUUGGCUACAACAUACGGUACUUUCCAGAAAACAACACCAACCUCACAGAGACAAGGAACACCACCACCCAGCAUCUUGAACUGCAUCUGGGAGGCGAGACCUACUGGGUGUACGUGGCUUCUUACAAUGCCCUCGGGAAGUCCCCAGAGGCCGAGCUGCGCAUUCCAGCUGUCCAGGAGCAGCCCUUCCGGUGCAUUGAGGCCAUGCAGGCUUAUCAUGCCCAGGACCUGCUCGUGGUGGCGUGGCAAAGCUCUGCGCCAGACGUGGACUCCUGGAUGGUCGAGUGGCUACCAGACUUGGCGUCAGAACUCUCUGUCAUUUCCUGGGAAUCUGUGUCUCGGGUCAGGAACUGGACCAUCCACCAAGAUAAGCUAAAGCCUUUCGUGUGCUAUAACAUAUCCGUGUAUCCGGUAGUGCAAGACAAAAUGGGGGAGCCGUAUUCCAUCCAAGCUUAUGCCAAGGAAGCUGCACCCUCAGAAGGCCCCGUGUCCAAGGUGGAGAGCAUUGGUGUGAAGACAGUCACGGUCACGUGGAAGGAGAUUCCCAAGAGCCUGAGGAAUGGCUUCGUCAGUAACUACACCAUAUUUUACCAAGCUGAACGCGGGAAAGAGUUUGCCAAGACAGUCAACUCCAGCAUCCUGCAGUGUGAUCUGGAGUCUCUGACACGACAGACCUCUUACACUGUUCAGGUCAUGGCCAGUACCAGAGCUGGGGGAACCAAUGGGACCAAGAUAAACUUCAAGACAUUGUCAAUCAGUAUCUUUGAGAUUAUCCUCAUAACUUCUCUGGUUGGAGGAGGGCUGUUUCUGCUUACCAUUCUGACAGUAACCUAUGGUCUCAAAAAACCAAACCAGUUGACUCACCUGUGUUGCCCCACUGUCCCCAAUCCUGCCGAAAGUAGCAUAGCCACGUGGCGCAGAGAGGACUUCAAGGAUAAGUCCAGGAUGAAGGAGUCUGAUGAUUCUGGGAACACGGAAGACUCCAUCCUAAAACCGUGUUCCGUCUCUGCCGACCUCAUCGACAAGCUAGUGGUGACCUUUGAGAAUUUUCUGGAAGAGGUCUCCAUAGAGGAAGCCAGAAAGGGUCAAGGAAACAUUUUGGGAGGAGAAGCCAAUGAGUACGUGAUGUCUCCCUCCAGGCCUGGCUGUCCCCACCCAGAGAAUUUUGAGGAGCCCUUGGUUUUAACUGAAAUUUCCUCAGGAGAGCCCUAUCACCAGUGUUUUGGAAUGCCAGACCAGACCUGCUCAGAAGCUGAAGACUCUGGUGAAGGUUCAGGACCAAAACAUCUCUGUGAGGAAGGAGUUCUAAAACCAUACUUGAAAAAUUCACUGACCACCAGGUUAUUUCUUGUGCAUGAAGACCACACCAAAAGAGAAGUCUAA